GACGGAAAAACGCCUCUUCAUUACGCAGCCAUUCGGGGAGAUCUGUUGUGUGUUAAUGUCAAUGUCGUGGCUAAUUUGUUAGAAAAUGGUGCACAAGUGGAUGCCAGGGAUAAGGUGAAGAUAGAUAUAUAUCUUGGCCCCAUGUAUAGAGUUGCUCUAUUGUCUGUCAUUCCACUGAAUUUCAUCCAAUAUAAUGUAGAUAUGUAGGACAAUAGGAUAGAUAUAUCUAUGUUUGUGGAGAUAUCGUAGAUCAUUUGUGUCACCCGUAUUGCAUGCAACAUGACUGAUGUAUGCACAUAAUAGAACCGUAUUAAUACGGUCAAGAAUUUAGGGCCAUGAAUAAUUACUCGUAUUAACGGAGUAAUGGUGUUAGCACAGGCGUGGCCACAUAGGUGUGUGAGAUACUUACGUGGAUGUGUCAUAUUAAAUUCAUGCACGCAAUUGCAAAAUGGUAAGAAAUUAUGCGUGAAGAGACCGGAGUAACACAAACAAAACCGUGUAUUGGGGUUGGGGGAUGAGGUUGACAAUAUAUUUAAACUCUUUUCCAUGCGGAAAUUUAGCAACUAGUAUAUAAUAUUAGGAAUAGUUCAUAGUAAAUUUGUCCCCACUAGCUGAAGUUUUAGAUUGAUUCAUAAUGCCAUUAAACUCUACUUUGGCGAAUUUAUUGUCAUAACAGCCUUUUAUAGGGCGGUGUAGGUAGGUUUCACUAAGCACUGUUGUGCAGCAGAUUGUGGUUAAUCCGCAGUUAUGAGAGUGUGGAAAUAAUUUUAAUUCAAAAAGAAUUGAGAGAUUUACUUGUUGAAUUUUCAUGCUCCUUUAUUUGUUUGCGGUUCCUUUGAUGAACACUAGCUGCUUCCUCAUCGCACUUACUGAAAUUCACCAAUAUUGGGUUGAUUCACUACAUUCGUGUGUUAUUGUUUCUAAAUCAAGCCAUUGGUAGAAAAUUUGCAAAACGUUGAAGUUACGAGUAUUUAGGGUGCAAAUUGACACAUUUUUACGUACUUGCUACUACAAAAUCGUUGUUAAAAUAAAUUGUGGAAGGAUUUUGUAGAUGGAAAUUUCUAAUGUGAAUUUUAUACAUUUAUUAAACUUAACAAAAUACAACUAGAGGUCCUCUGGCAGGAAUCAAACCUGCAGCCCUGCUAUUCCGGUGCAGUGCUUUAACCAACUGAACUACAGAGGCCAGUUGUCGAGUCUAUAACCACAAGUUCAUGUAUAGAUGUAUACAAGUGUGAUGCCAAUGUAAGGUGUAUGUAUAAAUAUCAGGAUUUUGGGCGUCUAGGCUCGAUAUCACUAAUUGCAGAAUGUUUUAGUUAUGUUGAGUGUAGUUGACUAGUUUAUUUUCAUAACUGAUCUAUAAUGCCUAUGGCCGGCAUAACUGACUUAUUGAAAUUUGGAGUGUCAUUGAGCAGUUAAAUAUCGCUGUUGUCUUCCUUAAAGUAGAAAACGACUGACUAGAGAGUUCUUAGUGAUUUCUCUUUCGUGCAAGAAUUGCGUCAAUGACUGCAAGUGCAUAAGUAGCGGACACCAAUAGUUUUUUUUUUGGGGGGGGGGGUAUAUAAAUUUGCAAUAUAUGUAGCUUUCGCUAAGCACUGUCUUGCAGCAGAUGUAUGAUGGUCAAUCACAGUGAAAAAAUAAUGUUCAGUCAAUCCAAUAUAUUUGAGAAAUUUACCACUAGUUAGAUAUUUCAUGUUCCAAUAUAUGAAUGCUAACCUUUCUGAAGUUGACACCAUCUGCUGCCCCAUUACACUUACUGAAAUCCACCAAUAUGGGGUACAUUGACUACAUUGGUGUGUUGUUGUUUUUAAAUCAAACCAUUGGCAGAAAAUUUGGAAAAUAUUUAAGUUUCGAGUUUCAAGGGUGCAUGCCGAUUAACAUAUUCUGUCCUGUUUCUCACUGCAAAAUUGCAGUUGAAAUAAAGCCUGUCAAGGCUUUUCAGAUUUGUAUAUUUUUUUGUAGGACGGAAAAACGCCUCUUCAUUACGCAGCCAUUCGGGGAGAUCUGUUGGGUGUUAAUGUCAAUGUCGUGGCUAAUUUGUUAGAAAAUGGUGCACAAGUGGAUGCCAGGGAUAAGGUGAAGAUAGAUAUAUAUGUUGGCCCCAUGUAUAGAGUUGCUCUAUUGUCUGUCAUUCCACUGAAUUUCAUCCAAUAUAAUGUAGAUAUGUAGGACAAUAGGAUAGAUAUAUCUAUGUUUGUGGAGAUAUCGUAGAUCAUUUGUGUCACCCGUAUUGCAUGCAACAUGACUGAUGUAUGCACAUAAUAGAACCGUAUUAAUACGGUCAAGAAUUUAGGGCCAUGAAUAAUUACUCGUAUUAACGGAGUAAUGGUGUUAGCACAGGCGUGGCCACAUAGGUGUGUGAGAUACUUACGUGCAUGUGUCAUAUUAAAUUCAUGCACGCAAUUACAAAAUGGUAAGAAAUUAUGCGUGAAGAGACCGGACUAACACAAACAAAACCGUGUAUUGGGGUUGGGGGAUGAGGUUGACAAUAUAUUUGAACUUUUUUCCCAGGUGUAGAUUUAAUGCCAUUAAACUCUACUUUGGCAAAUUUAUUGUCAUAACAGCCUUUUAUAUGGCGGUGUAUAGGUAGGUUUCACUAAGCACUGUUGUGCAGCAGAUUUUGGUUAAUCAGCAGUUAUGAGAGUGUGGAAAUAAUUUUAAUUCAGAAAGAAUUGAGAGAUUUACUUGUUGAAUUUUUAUGCUCCUUUAUUUGUUUGCGGUUCCUUUGAUGAACACUAGCUGCUUCCUCAUCGCACUUACUGAAAUUCACCAAUAUUGGGUUGAUUCACUACAUUCGUGUGUUAUUGUUUCUAAAUCAAGCCAUUGGUAGAAAAUUUGCAAAACGUUGAAGUUACGAGUAUUUAGGGUGGAAAUUGACACAUUUUUACGUACUUGCUACUACAAAAUCGUUGUUAAAAUAAAUUGUGGAAGGAUUUUGUACAUGGAAAUUUCUAAUGUGAAUUUUAUACAUUUAUUAAACUUAACAAAAUACAACUAGAGGUCCUCUGGCAGGAAUCAAACCUGCAGCCCUGCUAUUCCGGUGCAGUGCUUUAACCAACUGAACUACAGAGGCCAGUUGUCGAGUCUAUAACCACAAGUUCAUGUAUAGAUGUAUACAAGUGUGAUGCCAAUGUAAGGUGUAUGUAUAAAUAUCAGGAUUUUGGGCGUCUAGGCUCGAUAUCACUAAUUGCAGAAUGUUUUAGUUAUGUUGAGUGUAGUUGACUAGUUUAUUUUCAUAACUGAUCUAUAAUGCCUAUGGCCGGCAUAACUGACUUAUUGAAAUUUGGAGUGUCAUUGAGCAGUUAAAUAUCACUGUUGUCUUCCUUAAAGUAGAAAACGACUGACUAGAGAGUUCUUAGUGAUCUCUCUUUCGUGCAAGAAUUGCGUCAAUGACUGCAAGUGCAUAAGUAGCGGACACCAAUAGUUUUUUUUUUUUGGGGGGGGGAUAUAAAUUUGCAAUAUAUGUAGCUUUCGCUAAGCACUGUCUUGCAGCAGAUGUAUGAUGGUCAAUCACAGUGAAAAAAUAAUGUUGAGUCAAUCCAAUAUAUUUGAGAAAUUUACCACUAGUUAGAUAUUUCAUGUUCCAAUAUAUAAAUGCUAACCUUUCUGAAGUUGACACCAUCUGCUGCCCCAUUACACUUACUGAAAUCCACCAAUAUGGGGUACAUUGACUACAUUGGUGUGUUGUUGUUUUUAAAUCAAACCAUUGGCAGAAAAUUUUCAAAAUCUUUAAGUUUCGAGUUUCAAGGGUGCAUGCCGAUAAACAUGUUCUGACCUGCUUCUCGCUGCGAAACUGCAGUUGAAAUGAAGCCUGUCAAGGCUUUUCAGCUUUGUAUAUUUUUUUGUAGGAGGAAAAAACGCCUCUUCAUUACGCAGCCAUGGUGGAAGAUGAUAAGGUCGUGGCACAUUUGUUAGAAAAAGGUGCACAAGUGGAUGCCAGGGAUAAGGUGAGGAUAGAUAUGUAUGUUGGCCCAAUGUAUAGACUUGCUCUAUUGUCUUGUCAUGCCACUGAAUUUCGUCAGACAUAAUGUAGAUAGGACAAUAGGAUGGAUAUGUGUAUGUUUGUCGAGAUAUAGUAGAUCAUUACAUCCGUGUCACCUGUAUUUCAUCCAACAUGACCGAUAUAUUCACAUAAUAAUAGAACCGUAUUAAUACGGUCAAGAAUUUAGGGCCAUAAUAAAUUAUUCGUAGUGAGGGGGUAAUGCACUUACGUGCAUGUGUCAUAUUAAAUUCAUGCACGCAAUUACAAAAUGGUAAGAAAUUAUGCGUGAAGAGACCGGAGUAACACAAACAAAACCGUGUAUCGGGGUUGGGGGAUGUGGUUGACAAUAUAGUUAAACUCUUUUUCCCAUGUGUAGAUUUAAUGCCAUUAAACUCUACUUUGGCAAAUUUAUUGUCAUAACAGCCUUUUAUAGGGCGGUGUAGGUAGGUUUCACUAAGCACUGUUGUGCAGCAGAUUGUGGUUAAUCAGCAGUUAUGAGAGUGUGGAAAUAAUUUUAAUUCAAAAAGAAUUGAGAAAUUUACUUGUUGAAUUUUCAUGCUCCUUUAUUUGUUUGCGGUUCCUUUGAUGAACACUAGCUGCUUCCUCAUCGCACUUACUGAAAUUCACCAAUAUUGGGUUGAUUCACUACAUUCGUGUGUUAUUGUUUCUAAAUCAAGCCAUUGGUAGAAAAUUUGCAAAACGUUGAAGUUACGAGUAUUUAGGGUGGAAAUUGACACAUUUUUACGUACUUGCUACUACAAAAUCGUUGUUAAAAUAAAUUGUGGAAGGAUUUUGUAGAUGGAAAUUUCUAGUGUGAAUUUUAUACAUUUAUUAAACUUAACAAAAUACAACUAGAGGUCCUCUGGCAGGAAUCAAACCUGCAGCCCUGCUAUUCCGGUGCAGUGCUUUAACCAACUGAACUACAGAGGCCAGUUGUCGAGUCUAACCACAAGUUCAUGUAUAGAUGUAUACAAGUGUGAUGCCAAUGUAAGGUGUAUGUAUAAAUAUCAGGAUUUUGGGCGUCUGCGCUCGAUAUGGCUAAUUGCAGAAGGUUUUAGUUAUGUUGAGUGUAGUUUGACUAGUUUAUUUUCAUAACUGAUAUAUAAUGCCUAUGGCCGGCAUAACUGACUUCUUGAAAUUUGCAGUUUCAUUGAGCAGUUAAAUAUUACUGUUGUCUUUUUGAAAGUAGAACACGCCCGACUAGAGAGUUCUUCGUGAUCUCUCUUUCGUGCAAUAUUUGGAAGAAGGCUUCUUUGAUGGCCUCAAGUUGUGCCUUCUUUCUUGCUUUCGCUUCCUUACUGAGCAGUGGACACCAAACUUGUGGGUGUGGGAGGGGGGGUGGGUUAUAAAUGGACAGUAUAUAUGGACAGUAGUUUGUUUCGCUAAACACUGUCGUGCGGCAGACGCAUGGUGUCGAAAUAAUGUUAAUUCAAUUGAAUAUAAUUGAGAAAUUUAGCACUAGUUCAAUAUUUCAUGCUUCAAUAUGAUAUAAAUGUUAACCUUUUUGAAAUUGAACACCGUCUGCUGCCCCAGUACACUUACUGAAAUCCAGCAAUAUGGGGUACAUUAACUACAUUGGUGGUGUUGUUGUUUCUAAAUCUAAAUAUUGGCAGAAAAUUUGCAAAAUAUUUAAGUUCGAGUUUCAAGGGUGCAUACCAAUUAACAUGUUCGGACCUGCUUAUCACUGAAAAAUUGCAGUUGAAAUAAUGCCUGUCAAUGCUUUUCAGAUUGGUAUAUAUUUUUUUUGUAGGACGAAAAGACGGCUCUUCAUUACGCAGCCAUGAAGGGACAUGCUGUGGUCGUGGUACAUUUGUUACAAAAAGGUGCACAAGUGGAUGCCAAGGAUAAGGUGAGGAUAGAUAUGUAUGUUGGCCCCUUGUUUUGACUUGGUCUAUUGUGUGUCAUCCCACUGAAUUUCACCCAACAUAAUGUAGAUAGGACGAUAGGACGAUCAUUACAUUUCACCCAACAUAAUGUAGAUAGGACGAUCAUUACAUCUGUGUCACCUGUAUUGCACCCAACAUGACUGAUGUAUGUACAUACAGAACCCUAUUAAUACGGUCUAGAAUUUAGGGCCAUAAAAAUGUACUCGUAGUAACGGGGUAAUGGUGUUAACACAGUUACGCAGGCGUGACCAUAUCAAGGUGUGUGGGAUAUUUGGAUGCAAUGCGUCAUAUUAACUUCAUGAACGCCAUUGCAAAACGGUAAAAAACUGUGCCGUAGAAAAUUAGCAAAUAUUGAAGGUGUACGAGAAUUAAGGGUUCCAUUAACAUGUUCUGGCCUACCUACUUGUUACUACAAUAUCGCAGAUAAAAUAAAGCUUAUCAAGCUUUCAAAGUUGUAAAAUUUUGUUUUAGGACGAUAAAGCGGCACUUGAAUUGGCAACAUACGCAAUGCGUGGUGAUAUUGUGGAAUUAUUACAAGAUGCCAUUGAUAGGGUGAGGAUAGAUAUGUGUGUUGGCCCCAUGUAUAGACUUGGUUUAUGUGUGUCAUCCCAAUGAAUUUCGCCCAACGUUAUGUAGAUAGGACAAUAGGAUAUAUAUAUGUAUAUAUGUUUGUGCAGAUAUAGUAGUUCAUUACAUCUGUGUCACCUGUAUUGCAUCAACAUGAUUGAUGUACGCAGCCUAGUCCCAGGCUCUCUCUCUAUUUGCUGCUUUGAUAUAUUUAAAUAAAUUUUAAAUGUUUUAUGCCUGAGUGUGCUGUGCGGAACGCUUCAGCGAGAGAGCCUAGCAGAUUUCGGUAAAAUAGUCCCUGAUUUCAAAAAAGUGGUCCCUGGCCUGGUUACCAAGCAUGCCGCAUUUGUAAAUAGAAAAUGUUAUGGAAAUUCCCUUUGCGUUUAUAAUUAAGUCGUUUUUUUGCUCUAAUGCUGUCCUAACAAUGAAAUAGGCUACGUUUCGCUACCAUACGGUCAGAAUGGAAUAACGGGCUAAAUGUGAGUCGUGUUUACUAAAAUAUAAAGCCAUAUUAAAUGCUAUCUAGAAGCUUGAAAAUUAUGUCAAGUCUCAGACCAAAAAUGUUUUGACAACACAGUCAUGUCAGACAAAUAUUUCCAAUCUCCUCAGCUACUUAAACCUGUCAAGUAGAAAGCGCGUGGGUUAUGUAUUACAAGGUUAUUUGUAUAUAUAAAUUUUCCGCCAUUAAAAAGACUGAAAUCUGCUAGGCGUUCUGAAGGGUUUUCACUAGUUUCCAUUGUGUGUGGGAUAUUUGGAUGCAUGCGUCAUACAAACCAUUGGUAGAACAUUUUCCAAAUAUUUAAGUUUCGAGUUCCAAGGAGUAGUGUUCUAACUAAGUUUGCCCCCACUAGCUGAAGUUUUAGAUUGAUUCAUAACUCCAUUGAACUCUACUUUGACUAUACUUUAUUAUCAUAACUGACUUAUAAUUCCUAUGGCCGGCUUGACUGACUUAUUGAAAUUUCUAGCUAACGUCAUUGAGCAGUUAAACAUUUCGUUGAAAGUACAACACAAGAGUUACAGGUGUAUGUACCACAGAAUACCAGUCUUAUUUAUUUCUUAUAUAAAAUUUGAAGGAAAUAUGCUAUAAACUUUAUUUUUGGGAUUAUAUGUUAGUUUGUCUUAAUUGACAUAUAAAAACAAAAAAUGUAUAUUUUCUUAAAAAUUCUUAAAAAUAAUCAGGAUUAACAAAAAGUAACAUUCUAUAUUUUUGGUACUUUUUUUUCGCAUAAUGCCUAUAAAAUCCGAAUGUUUAAAAAUAAGUUCGCCAACCAGCAUAAUUUAUGUUGAUCAAUACUUUUUCUAUGAUGCGACAUUAUUACUACACUGGAAUCACACAGUGUAAUAAAUUUUACCAUUGAAAAACCUGGUAUUCUUUGGUUAUACCACUCAUGGUAUUCUGUACUGAUUUAGUGUUUAACUUUCACUAAAUUAAGUUAGCAAUAUCCCACAGUAUUAUCAUACAAGAUGACACACCAAAUCCUGGUACAAUUUGAUAAACCGUUGCUUAUCUCUGAACUGGUAUUCUGUGGUAUAUUGGAUUUUUUCCCACAGAAUAUUCAUUUAAAAAAAAUAAUUAAGUCUAUGAAAUCUUGCCCCAAAACCCCCAGGAAGAAAAAAUAUAUCGAUAGACUAUACUAAAAAAUAUCAAGGAACCAUAUUAUAUACAUUGCAUUAGACAAAAGAUAUAGAAAAAGUAAAUUUUUGCGGUAUUCUGUGGUACAUACACCUGUACGACAAUGGUUGCAAGUGUAAAAGUCAACGUUCUGCCGAAAGUCGUGGGUUUUCUCCUGUUACUCUUACAGGGAAAGUUGGCAGGGUGGGUUAAACACAUACAUAGGUCAGGGGGCAGAUAAUGAGGUAUGGACUAAUAGCGGCUGCUAAAGCGCCAUUUGUAAGCUCACAGUCUACCUUGGUCUGCUUCACGUCAGUUCCAGUUCUGUCUAUUUAUCUAUUCACAAUCACAAUGAAAAACCCUGAUAUAGGAAGUGUGCUGUGCAAUAUCUGUAUCUGUAUAAUAAUAUUGAAGUAAAUAUCACAGAAAACAAAGCAAAAGGUGACAAUUCAACAAUGUGCUUUUAUUAUAUUUUUCUAUUAUAUCUCUACAUAAGGUGAAUCCGUUGGGUUUACGUGUCGGACAGGAUACACUUCAAUACUGACAACAGAAAGAAUCUUCGGUUCGGAAGAUUUUUACAGCGAACUGAGCAAAGCGUGCUUUCAUUGCCAAGCCUUGAUGUCCACAGAAAUCUGAUCCAACGUCUCGCUUGACUAAUGUAACCCAACACUGAAAGGAUUUCUUGUUGCAAAUUUAUAUUUUAUCGCCCGAAACUAUAACACACAAGUUGUAAUUUUCCAAGCACAACAAGUACACUCCUCUACUACACCUUCCUAAGUAUAAUUUCAAUUUAGCACCCAGAAUCUGGGAGCCACGUGACCAGCUAUUGCCAAGGGUCUUUCCUCCUAAAGAGGGAAGAGCCUGGGAACGAGGUUGAUAUGCCUUCUCGAUUCGGUGAAAUACAUUUGCCGUUUUUCAUCAUUUACAAGUUGACUUGUUAACUAUGUCUAUGCAGUCAAAUGUAAACCAUAUCUAUAAAGUUUUCUAUUAUAUGUGAAUUCUCACAUAUGGCCAAUAUAUGAUGCAGACAAAAAGAAUGAAUUUGAUCCUUUCUUGCAGCCAUUCAAGUAUUCAAAUUGAAUAGAAUAUCCGGUAUCCGGCCGGAUAGUAUAGGAAUCAAUAUCAGGUGCACCCCUAUAGUUUAAUACGCCUGUAAUAAACAGCUUUCAGGGCACAACGUACAUUUAGGCUACGUUUACACUUAUACCGGCUAGCUUUCCAUAGCAACGUGAAAAAACGCCUACCAGGACCUUUUAGGAACUCUAUUUUUACAGGAAUUAUUGCAAUGGGGAGAUGUUGUUUCGCCCAGUUUCUGAAAGUUGUACAUUUCGUAUCGGAUAGAUGCUUUUUCACGCCGCUACGGAAAACUAUCCGGUAUAGUGUAAAUGUAGCCUCAUUUAACCUAAAAAGGUAUACCGAAAAUUUCGCUGCAGUAUCAAAGGUUUUGUACAUAUUUGCAGGUUCUCACUGCUAUUGUAUAUGAUAAAGCCAACAAAUUUGCCAAAGGUCGACUUAUAUUUGUAUAUUUAAUUGCAGGAGUCAUACGAAAGCAGGCCGCACACUUCUCAGACGCCAGAGACUGGAAUCGGUGAGUUACUAGCCUGCAUGGCAGGCGGUACGUAG